UUUGUUUAAUAUACACUCUACCAAGUAAUGGCUCCCAGAAAGCAUGGAACGCGAGGAAAUCUAAAGCGAAAGUCCAAAUCCAUUAAACACCCACAAUUAUCAAAAAGAGAAAAGAAAGAAAUUAAAGAAUUUGGUGAACUUGAUCCUCUUAGUAGUGGAGUAAACCCAAAGACUCGAUAUACAAAAGUAGCAGACCAUAUUGAAAAUGAAAAAGUGCUGGAAUCAGAAUCAUCUGAUUCUUCAGAGGAGGAAGUGGAUGCUUAUCAGCAGCUGGUGGCGUCUGUGAAUGGGAACCAGCACAACAAUAUAAUAGAAUCCGAUGAAGAAUCAGAGGAAGAUGAGAAAACCAAUGGAACACAAGACAUGACAGCAAGUGAGGGCGAGGAGGAUGAAAUGAAAGAUGAGGAAGAAGUAGUCACAUCUGGUAAAGCAGAUGAUGAAGGAAGUGAGGAAGGUGAUGAUAUUGAUGAAGAGGAUGAAAGUGAUGAGGAAGAGGAAGAAGAAAUUUUAGAGAAAGAAGAUGUUAAAGAAGAUUACUUCAUUAAAGAGUGUGAUCCCUUUGUUGUACAUUUUGAGACAGAACUCUCGGAGGACUUUGUGGAAGGUCUAGGUAAAAAAGAAAAAUGGAAACGAGAAGAAAUCAAGGUAAAGCAUGUUGGCCAUGGAGUGUUAACUUGCCCAAAGGAAAAAUGUCAUCUAGAAAAUGUUAGAGAUGUUGAGGAAGAAGAUGAUCUGAAAAAUCUAUAUGUAAAACAUAAGCUUGCUGAAGGUGUAGAAAAUGCGAAUCGAAAACUGUGCAAAGUUCAAAAUUUGAAGAGAGGAGCUUCCUUAACCCCGUUCCAAGCCUCACUUUUUAGAGUCCUCAAUAAGUAUCAGGAUGUGUACUAUCCAGAGAGAAGUCAUUUAAAUGGAGAAGAAAUUCGGCUUGUCUACUGUCUGCAUGCAUUGAAUCAUGUUCUAAAGACCAGAAGUCGAGUCAUCACUCACAACACCAAGAUGAAGCUGAAGCAACAGAAUGCAGACACAGAGGAGUACAGAGACCAAGGCUUGACUCGACCCAAAGUUUUAAUCGUUCUCCCAUUCCGCGACUCCGCCCUUAAAGUUGUCAACAUUAUGAUGCAGCUUCUGAUGUCAUCGGACCAGAGCAUGGUUAGCAACAAGAAGAGAUUUCAAACUGAAUACGGUGACGAAGAUCCUCCAAACAGAGGUGUUAAAAAACCAGAGGAUUUUGAAGCCAUAUUUGCAGGAAACAUAGAUGACCAUUUCAGAGUAGGUUUAGGUGUGGCCAAGAAAACUCUGAAGCUUUACACCAAAUUUUAUGCCUCGGACAUUAUUCUGACUUCACCCCUGGGACUAAGGACCAUCAUUGGGGUGGAGGGAGAGAAAGAGAGAGACUAUGACUUUUUAAGUUCAAUAGAACUUCUGAUUUUUGACCAAGCAGACAUCUUUUUGAUGCAGAACUGGGAGCACAUAACUACACUGAUGGCCCACCUUCACCUUCAGCCGCGGGAAGCCCACGGCACAGAUUUCUCUCGGGUCAGAAUGUGGACGCUGAAUGGAUGGUCCAAGUAUUACAGACAAACUCUGAUUUUCAGCUCCCUGGCUACUCCUGAACUAAACGCCCUUCAUAACCGACACUGCUGCAAUUAUGCCGGAAAGGUUGCUGUCAACAGGAAGGACACUAGAGGAACGAUUUGUCACAUAGUCACUCAACUACCUCAGGUCUUUCAUAAGCUACCAGCUUCCUCUUAUGCAGAACUUGCAGAUGUCAGAUUUGAUUUCUUCCUUAAAAAGAUUCUACCAAAUCAUAAAGAUCCUGUGAUGUCACAAACACUUGUCUUCAUAUCUUCUUACUUUGAUUAUGUUCGAAUUAGGAACUAUUUUGUGAGGGAGGAUUUAGAGUUUGCUCAGAUAAAUGAGUAUUCAAGUGACAAGACUAUAUCUAGAUCUAGAGGGGAAUUCUAUCAUGGAAGAGUUCACUUUUUGUUGUACACAGAGAGAAUUCAUUUCUACAGAAGAUUCAAGCUGCGGGGAAUACAUCACAUAGUGUUUUAUGAACUGCCAAGGUAUCCCCAAUUUUACAGUGAGAUCUGCAACAUGCUACAGGACAAUCGGAAACAGACCGACAAAGAAAACCUCACGUGUACUGUGAUGUAUUCAAGUUUUGAUGCUCAGAGAUUAGCGGACAUUGUAGGCACUGACAGAGCAGCUCGCAUGAUAAGCUCUUCAAAGAAAGUUCACAUGUUUGUCACAGGGGAAAACUCCUGAUAUUGGUGAAUGGGAACUUCUUCUUGAAGUUGGUGGAUGGAAAAUUAUUCAAAGUCAAAACUGAUAUUUAUGUUACAAAGUAAGGUAGGAGUGUUUGUUUAAAGGCAUUAGAUUGACCCGUUUUGCUUUUUGAAAGCUUCUGGGUUGCUUAGAAUUGCUAUAUCUUUGGGUUCUGAAGGUGGUUAAGUCAAUGGUCAAUUUUGAUAACUUUAUAGAACAUCUGGUUUGUAAUUUUGAGAAUGAUGACAAAAAAUGUUUUAAAGCCAGAUAAUACAAAUUUGAAAAUAACUCCAACAUUUCUGUAGAGCUAAUUUUAUGUUAAUUUUUUUUAAAGUGAAUUAUGAUUAAAUUACUCAUUAAAUA